CAGCUCCCAUGAUGACUCCAGGCAGCAGAUAUUAUGGCAGCGUUUACCUGCGCGCUACUGACGAACAACCGUAACCAUUUAAUCUAACCUACUGCAGAUUGUUUUUAUAAUAUCGCACACAUGCUGUGCUGUUGGUAGUCGUAUCGUGACUGGUUCAGGAAGCUGCGGCUCAUCUCUCAGCUGCUGAUGGAGCACAUCCGACUGCCAAAGGUGGACAAUGUCAGGCUGCUGGACAGAAUCUCUCCCAGAAGAAGUAGGGUGGGCACCCUCUAUCUGACAGCCACACACACCAUCUUUGUGGAGAACGAGGCUGGAGUGCGCAAUGAAACAUGGGUGCUUCACAGUUUGGUGUGCAGUUUGGAGAAACAAGCCGCCACAGCCUCAGGAUGUUCUCUGCUCAUUCACUGCAAGAACUUCCAGGUCCUAAACUUUGUCAUCCCCAGAGAGCGGGAGUGCCAUGAUGUCCACCUGUCCCUACAGAGACUCUCCCAGCCAGAGCGUCCUGAUGAGCUGUAUUGCUUCUCCUAUAAGCCUAACAUUGAUGCCGAGGAGAGACGGCAGGAAUGGGACUUUUUGGACCUCAGGGCUGAUUACCGCAGAAUGGGGCUGCCAAACUCCCUGUGGAAACUCUCCUCUGUCAACCAACACUACAAGGUGAGUGACACGUACCCAGCUGACCUGUUUGUGCCUGAGUCGGCCACACCUCCGGUCAUCGUGGGGAGCUCCAAGUUCAGAAGCAGAGGCCGAUUUCCUACUCUGUCCUACUACUCCAAAGAAAAUCAUGCUACCAUCUGCCGCAGCAGCCAGCCCCUGUCAGGUUUCAGUGCUCGAUGCCUGGAGGACGAGCAGAUGCUGGAGGCCAUCUUGAGGUCCAAUCCCCGCAGUGACUUCAUGUAUGUGGUGGACACCAGGCCUAAGCUGAAUGCAAUCGCAAACCGAGCUGCAGGAAAAGGCUACGAAAACGAAGACAACUACUCCAACAUUAAAUUCCAGUUCAUCGGUAUCGAGAACAUCCACGUGAUGAGAAACAGCCAACAGAAAAUGAUGGAAGUGUGUGAGCUGCGCUCCCCCUCCAUGUCCAACUUCCUGGAAGGACUGGAGACCUCAGGCUGGCUGAAGCACAUCAAAGCUGUUUUGGAUGCAGGCAUCUUUAUCGCUAAGGCUGUUGCAGAGGAGGGGGUCAGUGUCCUGGUGCACUGCUCAGACGGGUGGGACCGCACCGCUCAGGUGUGUUCAGUGGCCUGUGUGCUGCUGGACCCUCACUACAGGACCCUCCGAGGACUCAUGGUUCUAAUUGAGAAAGACUGGAUCUCAUUUGGACACAAGUUCUCUCACAGAUGCAACCACCUGCAGGGAGACCCUAAAGAGGUCUCUCCGGUCAUCGACCAGUUCCUGGAGUGCGUCUGGCAGCUCAUGGAGCAGUUCCCCUGCGCCUUUGAGUUCAACGCGAGGUUCCUCAUCACCAUUCACAGCCACAUCUACUCCUGCCAGUACGGCAACUUCAUUGGCAACAACCAGCGGGAGAGGACAGAGCUGGGACUGCGAGGGAAGACUCACUCUCUUUGGAGUUAUCUGUGGAUGAACCGGGCCGACUACAUCAACCCUCUGUACCGACCCGACCACAGCCAGACUCAGGGGCUCCUCCGGCCCUCCACCGCCCCCUACUGCUUUAAGUUUUGGAGAGCACUGUACAACCGCUUUGACCAGGGGAUGCAUCCUCGACAGUCUGUAGAGGAUUACCUGAGCGCCAUCCAAGAGGAGACUCAGCAGCUGGAGGAGCAGCUGGCUUCACACAAACAGAAGAUUGCCCAGUUGGAGCAGGAGCAGGAGUGGAGCGUUCCCCAGAAAGCAGUCCCCUUUGAUAAGAGCCCCACAGGGUGGACGUUCUGUAACGACCUGGCCAACACCCCUCAGGACUACACCGGGGGCUUCUUCACCAGCAGCCCCUGUCAGCCCAGAGCACCAAUCACCCUCCAGACCGAGGAGUCCAACAAAACAUCCGAAUCCAUCCUCUCCAACGGCAGCGACCAGGAGUCGGGGAUCGCAGACGUGAGCUGUCGUUCCCCCCUCAGCGAGGACAGCACCAGGGACCCCGACUCGGAUGAGGCUGCCUACUCAGCCUCCUGAGCACAUGUAGCAUUUGGUGGAAGGUGUAGCAGCGAGCAGCCGUCCACUGUGCCACUGGGCAAACACUACUGUACCUAUUACUUCCUGUCUCCAGGCAAAAUUAGCUGACCAUAUUUAACUUAUUACCCUCUUAUCCUGGGGAAGAUUCUCAAAGGUGCACAGAAAGUAAAUACAAAACACAAUAACCAGUUAAAUGUCAGAGGCAUUUCAAAUAAACUAUUAACCAGAUCAAGAUAAGAACAAUUGUGAACAAUUCAAUGCAAAUGUAAGCAAGAGUGUCUCAUCAAAUUCAUGAUGGGCCAUGUAGACGUGUCUGCUUGCUUUUUAUGGUCUUCCAUACAUUUUCAUUCAUUAGCAAUUCUGCUUUAAACCUUACUGUGUGUAAUAGUCAACAGAGGGACUUUGGUAAUCCGUUUUCAAAGCAACAUUUAACAUAUAACAGAGCUCCAAAGACACUCAAUUAUCAUCAAGUUGCAUUGUUUGCACUUUAAGAUAGCAGAAUAAUACAAUAAAUUAUAAAUUAGAACAUUCAUGAGCAGAUCGAACAAUGCCACAUGAUUUUAAAAAAGUAAAUUAAGAUAAAAGAAAAAUCAACAAAGAUAGAAAAACCCCCAGAAUAUGCUGUCGACACAUGGCACUUGGCAUUCAGAAUCUAUGUAGCAAUAUUUGCAAAUAUUAACUUUUUCUGUUGUGUGUUUUUUAGUGAAUUUAGAGUUACACCUUAAUAGCCACUGCUGGAAAUGUGUCAAGUUUCAACCCCAAAGCGACUGAACUAAACUCACUCGGCACACCACAGGGACCUCUGCUGGGUUCUCGAGUCAUUACACUACAAUAGCCACCUAGGUAUUUCAACUUUAUACAAAAUAUCUUGUGAGAUUACUCUCCAAGUCAUGAAAAAUUGUCUUUGAAUUGAUUUAAAAAAAGGCAAGAAUAAACAUUUGUCAACAAUAUUUCAACACCAGAUUUGCUGUGGACAAACCAAACAUCUUACCAAAGGGAAUCAAAUACUGGUUUAAAUAGUGGUUUGUGUUUAGUGAUAGGACGACUCAUUACUGCACCAGCAGAGACGAGCAUGUGAACACGGAUAUACUGACUGACUUUUCAAAUAUUUUUCUCCCUCUUGGUGUUAAAAUAGCUAACUUUAAUGCAAAAUACCUGCACUCCAAUACUGCAAAUGAACAAUGCAAAUAUGAUCAAUUAAGCAUGCUAAGAUAUUUUUGUACUAUGUUGUUUGUUUGUUUAUGUGUUUGUUUUUGACUCCUUGCUUUAAUGCAUGUUGUUUUUAUGUGUAUGAGAGAGUCUAAAACGUUAUAAGGAGUUCUGAAAGAAAAGAGAGAAAGAGCUUUGUAUUGUAUUAUUGAGUUUAUGUGUUCAAGUGGAAUAAGAGCCAGAUUUGUUAAACUGAUACAAAUGCAGCAUUGUGUUAUUUGUGUAAAUGUUCUUUUUAAAUAAAUAAAUACAUUAUUGUCAA